AUGAAUGUUCCUACACCCGAUAUUUCGCAUAUUUCUCGAGAUCAAUACCAAUCUGUAUAUGAGCCAGCCGAAGACACAUUUCUACUACUAGAUGCAUUAGAAAAGGAUAGAAACAUCUUACUUGACAUUCAGCCAACCAUUGCAUUAGAAAUCGGGAGCGGAUCUGGUUGCGUCACUGCAUUUCUUGGUGCACUGCUUGGUUCUUCAAAUACAUUAUUCUUGUGUACCGAUAUCAACGACUUUGCUGCCAAAACUACUUUGAAAACUGGCCAGGCAAACAAGAUUCAAAUAGAUGCAGUCAUUACAUCAUUCACAUCCUCGCUACAUCAAAGAAUAUGCCACAACAUAGAUGUUCUUAUCUUCAAUCCACCUUAUGUUGUUACAACAAGUGAUGAGGUAGGAAGUCAUGGAAUCGAGGCUGCGUGGGCUGGUGGCAUUGAUGGUCGCGAAGUCAUUGACAAGUUUCUUCCACUUGUUUCUGUAAGUCAACUGCUCUCAAAGCAAGGCCAGUGCUAUCUUGUGUUGAUCAAGGAGAAUCGUCCCGAAGAGAUCAUGCAGCAUAUGCUGGAUAUAUACAAUCUACAUUCGGAAAUUGUAUUAAAACGAAAAGCAGGAUUUGAAGGGCUAUUUGUUGUGCGAUUCUAUAGAUCUGCUAUAUAG